AACCGAUAACAACCUGCAUAGAUUUCUCUAAAUAAAUAUAUCAUUUCUGUUUAGCGUAUUAUAUUUGCACACAGCAUCUCCAAACUCUCAAAAAACCUUACCUCAUGGCUUCAGAAUCAGAAAAUCAAAUCCAAAUCCCAAACCCUUCUCUUUCUCAGCUACAACCACUCCAAGACAGAGUAGCCAUCGUGACUGGGUCCGCCCGCGGAAUUGGGCAAGCCAUCGCACUCCACUUGGGCUCUCUCGGCGCUAAACUUGUUAUCAACCACACCUCCUCCAACUCAACCCAUGAAGCUGAACUCGUAGCCUCCCAGAUCAACAACUCAUUAUCCUCUUCUCUCAACAACAACAACACCCCACGAGCCAUUACGGUCCGUGCCGACGUGUCCGACCCAACCCAGGUCAAGUCCCUCUUCAACAAAGCCGAGGAGGCAUUCAACUCCCCUGUUUAUAUCCUGGUCAAUUCUGCUGGAAUCAAUGAUUCUAAGUACCCAACUAUUGCUAACACUUCUCUCGAGGAUUUUGAUAAUAUCUUCAGAGUCAAUGCUAGAGGGGCAUUCUUGUGCUGUAAAGAAGCAGCAAACCGUAUCAAACGUGGUGGUGGGGGUCGAAUUAUACUAUUAUCAUCAUCUUUGGUGGGUGCAUUAAAGCCAGGAGCCGCGGCAUACACAGCAUCAAAGGCUGCAGUGGAGACCAUGACCAAGAUACUAGCAAAGGAGCUCAAAGGGACUAGAAUUACUGCCAAUUGUGUGGCACCGGGGCCAAUUGCCACUGAGCUCUUUUUUACCGGGAAGACUGAGGAACAGGUGAAGAGGGUUAUUGAAGAAUGCCCAUUAAAUAGGCUCGGUGAGACUAAGGAUGUGGCACCUCUUGUCGGGUUUUUGGCUACUGAUGCCAGUGACUGGGUUAAUGGCCAAGUUAUUCGUGUUAAUGGUGGCUAUGUUUAACGUAAAAUAUUUAGCUGCAAUUGUAAGCUAUGUUCUUAAGAAGAUGGGUCAUGGGUUUGGUCCCUUAGCAUGUUCAUUAUCUUAGUUUGAUGACAAUGGAAUUUCUCUUUGUUGCCUGUUAGUAUAAUAGAUUUAAGAAGAGCAAUAAUGAAACUAUUAAUUUUAUUUCACUGCGUUUGUAGAACAAAUGGUCAUCGAGGCCAGAUUGUAAAUAUCAUUACAUAUCUCUUUA